AGGCGAGUGCGAAAGACUUGGUGUAAAUAUUUACAUAAUAUACACAAAUAUACCCUCUUAAAGGAGGGUUUUUAUCCUAUCAAGUGUCAGCAAUACUCUACGUCGACACCGACGGUGAACAUAGAAAACAAUUUAGUUUCCCGUGUUACUUUUCUCUGUUUUCUUUAGGAUGUUGCCGGAGGGGAGACUACGCCACGGAGGCAAUAAGUAGGAAGACCAGGAAAACACAGCGUCGUGCUGGCAGUCGGGGAUAAUACUGUCUACUGAGCGAGUGUGUAGGUUAACAUGUCUGACGAUAAAGCUCGUACUAAUAGCUGUUGGAGCAGAGCGCUACUGACGGUGAUUGGCCUCUUCGGCUUAGUCCUCCUCCUCCAGGUGGCGGUCAUGCUCUUCGGUCCCUCCAAGUCCGUGUGUACCAAGCAAGUAUGCCUGGCAAAGUUCUUGGAGGGUCCCCCUGCCUUCAACGACGAAACUAUGGCUUCCUACCUGAAAAGGAACUACUUCCUCCCUCCCGCUGCCACCGAAUACAACCUGUCCGGCCACGACGGCACCUCCAACAAAUUCAGCUCCCUCGUGCAGUUCAUCAAAGAGCAUUUCAAAAAUAAGCGAGGCGGGGUGUUUGUUGACGUUGGCGCCGGGGACGGAGAGUAUCGUUCCAUCACGCUGCAGCUGGAGAAGUCCCUGGGGUGGACGGGGCUGCUGGUGGAGCCCAACGAGCGCCUCUACAAGAAGCUGCUCAAGAAGGGUCGCAAGGCCCAGCUGACCAAGACUUGUGUCUCGCCCUACACCUACCCAGCUAUGAUGACGCUGUCACACCCGAGGGUGGAGGAGGGGGCCAGCCACGAGGUGGAGACACUCGGCAAGGGCAAGAUAGAACAGUUCUGGACCAAGGAUGAAAAGGUACAACACGAUACGUUCGAGGCGCAGUGCGUGCCUUUGGAGAACCUGGUGUACGCCGCCGGGAUCACCACGGCCAUCGACCUGCUGGUGCUCGACAUGAGCGGCACCGACUUCGAUGUUCUUGUCAACACCAAGCUCGACGCUCUCCCCGAGCUAGAGAUGAUCGUGGUCAACUCUAACGGGGCCAAGAUCCAGGACGACGUCGGAGGCUACUUCCUGGAGCGGAACAUGCUCCUUAAGGAGAUCAUCGUGGAGAAUGAGACCACCAUCUACUACAUUCUCCUUAGGUUUGACGCGCAGAGGGACCUCUAAUGGAGUCGUGCGAGCCAGGAGCCAGAUUCACAAAGCAGUUACGCAAGCACAUACAAACGUGUACAUCUUUCCUCAAUCUUUGACGGCUUUGGUUACAUUUAUUAAACAGUUUACAAGCAUGAAAACUUUCAACUCAACU